AUGACGAAGGGUACGAAAAGAGUCGACGCCGGCGAUUCCGCUUCCGUUCUCGUUCGUGCCAAAGACGGCAGUGCCUUCGCCAAAUGUGAUGAGUGUAAGAAGAAUGUCCCUGUUGCGCUUAUCAGCAUGCAUGAUUGUAGCCUUGAAGCCAAAAUCAAAAUGAAUCUUGAUUCUCAUGUUGUUGAGCAAGCUGCCGCUGAAGCAAAGAAACCUGAGAGGAAGAAGCCUAAUACUAAAGAACCAGCUGCAAAAAAGGCUAAGGGUGGGAAAGAUAAGAAAGAGAAGAAGGUUAAAGAUCCCAACAUGCCCAAACGACCUGCUACUGCUUUCUUUGUGUUUAUGGAUGACUUUAGAAAAACUUUCAAGGAAGCUAAUCCUGAUUCAAAGGAUGUUAAAAGGGUUGCUAAGGAAGGGGGUGAGAAGUGGAAGUCUUUGACUGAUGAAGAGAAGAAGCCUUAUUUGGAUAGAGUUGCUGAACUCAAGGCAGAAUAUGAGAAGGCUAUGGAAGCUUAUAAUGCUGGUGAAAAAGAAGAUCAAGAGGGAUCUGAUAAGUCUGACAAGGAAGCCCAGUCUGAUAAAGAAGCCCCUGCUGCAGGAGAGGUGGAAGAGUUAACUGAUGAAGAGUAG